UGUCCUCCGUUUGCCGAAGGUGUAUUUGCCAACAUCGACUAUGGACGUUGAGCGCCAGUCGGCAAUGAACCGUGGUUGAUGUAUUGAUGCUCGACAGUGUCCCUUUCGAGUUCACCAUUUCCGUUAAUACUUUGGCCUUAUAUGGAUGCUCCCGGCCAUUGCUUUGUGCACACCCUGGCGUGAGGUUCUCUUGAUUAUACAGCAUAUUGCAAAAACCAGUGUUGCAUGGUGGUUUGUUCGGUUUUGCCCAAGAUUCCCGGUUCUGAAUUUCCCGACGUUUGUGGAGUCCAAUCAAUCAUUUUCUGCAUGUGGAAAGGGAUGGUGGCUAUCUGAUGUUUUUUUUCUUCUUCUCAUCGCUUGUCUGUUACCCCGACUAUGUUCGCGGGGAGUUUUGUUGGCGUUGUCUAUUGUCUGUUAUUUUGUAUGUAUUCCAUCGUUCCGGUCGACCGGAUACUUUUCUUUUUUUGGACGUUUUGGGAUUGUUGUUUGGGUAUGGGAGGAACAUGUGUUCAUUGCAUUUACAGCGUAUCGAGGCGGAAGUCCACCGCACCGAGUAUAUUGAGGGGAAUUGGGAUGAACCUAGGAUCUCCAGAAAUACUUGUGAGGAAGCAGUUACUGGUUGGCCGUACAGCUCAAUGAAUACCUGGAUAUCUAUAAAA